CAUUUCAUUAACACAUUUGCUCUGUCAUGGUUAAGGGGUUAGCGGUUUGAGACAUGUGAGUCAGCAGUCAUGCUUCCUCUUUGACUCAGCAGCUACAGCACAUCCUGCAUGUAUAAAAGAGGCAGGACGGAUCUGUGAGGCCCACACUCCACUUUUCACUCAGAGGAAGUGACACUCAUCAAGAGAACAAGCUCCAAACAGCAGAACCAAGACACUUCUAGAGACUUCAAUCUAUUACAGUCUGCAGAGAUGGAGAACAUGAAGAGUGCAAGGACAUAUAACACAGAGGAGCCUGGCAGUGAUUUAUCAGAGCAGGUUAAAUUAGCCACAAAGGACACGCACAUCAGAGCAGAAAACACAGAGCUUAUGUUGAGUUACCAGAAGGGACAGAUCACCCUGCCACAGUACAAGGUCCUGUUGUGUUCCCUGUAUGAGAUCUACGUGGCUCUAGAAGAAGAGAUGGAUAGAAACUCUUCCCAUCCAGCGGUUGCACCCAUAUACUUCCCUCAGGAACUUGCCCGUGUGGAAUCUCUGGAAAGAGACCUGGAGUAUUUUUUUGGCUCAGACUGGAGAAAGAGAGUGAUUGUUCCCGCUGCCACACACAGAUACGUACAGAGACUGCGACAGGUUGGCAAAGAGAACCCGGGGCUUUUGGUGGCCCACGCCUACACUCGUUAUCUCGGUGAUCUGUCAGGAGGACAAGUGCUGGGGAAAAUCACUCAGAAAUCUCUGGGGCUGAGCAGUAAGGAGGGGCUGGCUUUUUUCUCCUUCCCCGGAGUGACUAGCCCCAACCGCUUCAAGCAGCUGUACAGGAGCCGCAUGAACAGCAUCGAGCUGAAUGACAAGGAGAAGAAGGCCAUGCUGGAGGAGGCGGUUGCUUCCUUUGAGUUCAACAUCCAGGUUUUUGAUGACUUGCAAAAAAUGCUGAGUGUCACAACAGCCACGGUGGACCAAUCCCAGAGCAACGCUGUCAACUUCCCCUCUUCACCCUUCAUGAGGAUCACUGUGGGAUUCUGCAUCGCUCUGGCCUCAGUGGGCGUGGGAUUCUAUGCUUUGUAAUGUUUGCCAGCACUUUGCAGUUGAUAAUGCACAAACAGCACUUUACUCACAUCACUUAAAGCAACAAAGGAAAUGAAGACUGAAAUCUGCCUUGUCCAUAAAUGAUCAUAUCACAACUUUUCAUCUCAACUUUUCAAAUGUAAUUUUGUAUAUAUUUUAGUAAACAAUCUGACACAAUCUACAUCAUUAUUUUUAGUUAACUGUAAUAUCA